ACUAGCAUCCCCCCCAAGACUCCAGCAAGAUGCCCCGUCAGCUUUUGGCUACCCGCUACGUGCAGAUCCCCGAGGACGUCAAGGUCGUCCUUGACGGCCGCAAGGUCACCGUGUCCGGCAAGCGCGGCGAGCUGACCCGCGACUUCCGUCACCUGACGCUCGACAUGCGCCGCGUCAACAAGGAGCAGAUCCGCGUGGACCUGUGGUUCGGCAACCGCAAGCAGCUCGCCUGCGUGCGCACCGUCUGCUCGCUGAUCGAGAACAUGAUCACGGGCGUGCGUGUGGGGUACCUGUACAAGAUGCGUUUCGUGUACGCCCACUUCCCUAUCAACGUGACGUUCGAGAACAACACGGUGGAGAUCCGCAACUUCCUGGGUGAGAAGCGCGUGCGUCGUGUUGCUCUGUCCGAGGGCGUGUCGUACGUGCGCACGGGCGACGUCAAGGACCAGAUCGAGCUGAGCGGCAUUGACCUCCAGAAGGUGUCGCAGGACGCCGCCAACAUCACGCAGGCCUGCCUGGUGCGCCGCAAGGAUAUCCGUAAGUUCCUUGACGGUAUCUACGUGUCUGAGAAGACCAACAUCGAGAUCGAGGAGGACUAAGCGCCUCUCAUCCACGCCGUUCGUUCAAGAAGCACUCUUGUCAUGGGGUUAAACCGCUGCUAGGAGAGAGUUCGUAACCGGAUCUGAAUAGAACCGACCGUGCUCCAUUGCC